GUUCUUCCAAAAAUUGUGGGCAUUGGUGGGACCGAGUGUGGUGGACUUUGUACAGCAGUGUUAGACCAACCCAAUGCAAGUGAGGGAGGUCAACGACACUAUUUUGUGCCUUAUACCCAAGACCAAACGUCCCUCCUCCAUUGAGCAGUUCCGUCCCAUUAGUCUGUGCAAUGUCACUUAUAAGAUUAUUACGAAAUGCCUUGCUGAGAGACUGAAGACUCUGAUGCCCAGGCUAGUGGACGAGACCCAAACGAGUUUUGUCCCAAGCAGACAUAUAACGGAUAAUAUUUGCAUUCUACAGGAAGUUGUUCACUCCAUGAGAACGAAAAAGGGAAGGCAAGGAUGGAUGGUUUUAAAGAUUGACCUUGCCAAAGCAUAUGAUCGAAUCCGGUGGAACUUUGUCAGAGAGACGCUUACUGCUACUGGAGCCCCCGAAAGUUUUGUGAAUUUGGCAAUGCAGUGCAUCACGUCGACAAGUAUGAGGAUUCAAUGGAAUGGAGGUUUGACGGAGAGCUUUGCUCCUUUUCGAGGUCUUCGGCAAGUAUGUCCGUUGUCCCCAUACCUGUUCACAUUAUGCAUGGAGAGACUGGGUCAUGUUAUCAAGGCUGCAGUUGAGGAUGGAUCAUGGCGGGCUAUUAAGUUGUCAAACUCCGGCCCUGCUUUAUCUCAUUCCUUUUUUGCAGAUGAUCUUAUCUUAUUUGGUGAAGCUUCCAUUCGGCAGGUGGAGACUAUUAUGAGUUGUUUGGAAAGAUUUGGAGCUGCUUCCGGACAGCAGGUUAGCAAGCCAAAAUCGAGGGUCUUUUUCUCAAAGAAUGUCUCGGUAGAGCUGGGGAAAGAGAUCACGGAGGCACUUCAAAUCCCGAAAACCAAGAACCUGGGGCAGUAUCUCAGUGUGCCCGUCAUUCAUGAUCGGGUUUUGAAGGCUACCUUUGUGGAUCUAAUUGAUAAAGUGGACUCUCGUUUGGCAGGUUGGAAAUUCAACACUCUCUCCUUGGCUGGGAGAAUUACUCUAGCUCAGUCCGUCCUGGCCUCUCUUCCGGCCUACACUAUGCAGACUACCUUCCUACCGGCGCGUAUUCGGGAGUUUAUUGACAGAAAGAUCCGAGCUUUUGUUUGGGGCAGCUCAGACGCGGGCCGGAAAGUUCACCUAGUUAAUUGGGACACGAUUUGCCUCCCUAAAGAGGAAGGAGGCAUCGGCCUCCGUAAUGCGGCUAGGAUGAACGAAGCUUUUAUGAUUAAAAUAGCCUGGAGGCUCUUGACCGAGCCAGAGAGUUUGUGGGCAAAGGUCAUCCAUGCGAAGUAUAUGAGAAGAGUAGAAGGGGGUUGGCAGCCACGGGUUACGGGAAGCUUAUCCAACCUUUGGAAAGGUGUUCUCCGGGUUAUGCAUUUGCUCCCUGAAGCCAUUAUGUGGAACAUUAAAAGUGGUCAACAAACAAAAUUCUGGACAGACAGAUGGGUCCAAGAUGGGCCGACGUUAGCGGAGAUGGCUGUCAAUCUUCCUCAGGAAGCACAUGAGCUUACCGUGGCUGAUAUGGUCCUGAAUGGUGAGUGGAACUUUCCCUACAUACAGGCCUUCUUACCAGAUGAGAUUGCUAUGCAGGUUGCAAUACACCCCAUUUCGAAUGAGAUGGGGGUCGAUAUUCCAGUCUGGAGGCUCACAACAAAUGGUUGUUUCUCGCUAAAAUCUGCUUAUGAGUUGACAGAUGAUGGGGAGAGGCCGGGUGGAUCUCACCCUAUUUGGCGGGCAAUAUGGCAGAUACCAGCUACGCAGAGAAUUAGAACAUUUUUCUGGUUAGUGUGCCACCAACGAUUGCUUACAAACAGUGAAAGAUGGCGACGCCACCUGUCUCCAAACUCCAACUGCCAGACAUGCGGGGCGGAAGGGGAAACUACUAUCCACGUUGUCCGGGACUGUCCAUUUGCUAGAUCGGCAUGGGCGGAAAUUCUACAAGAUGAACCUGACUCAAUUUUCUUCCAUCCUGACUUGGAAAGGUGGGUGUUACAUUACAUCACAAGGAAAAGCUCCAUUAUCCACCCCACGAGGUUUGUGGUUCUAUGUUGGUUAUUGUGGAAAAAUAGAAACAAACUUGUGUUUGAGAAACAGAUGGAUUCAGCCGAUGUGCUAUGCAACAGAGCUAUGCGACUUCAAAUACAGAUCCAAGAGGCUGCCGAAAAACUCUCUAGGAUUGGGCUAGCUACGAGAACCAGUGCUCAAGUGUUGGUCGGCUGGAAGGCUCCGCCUGCGGGGUGGAUGAGUUUAAAUUCGGAUGGCUCGGUGGUGGCGGGGAAUGCAGCAGUUGGGGGGGUGAUCCGCGAUCAGGACGGAAGGUUUAUUAUGGCAUACUCUAGGAACUUGGGAGGAGGAAUUGUGACGAGAGCGGAGCUAGCGGGGGUGGUGUACGGCCUGCAUACAACAUGGAGAUUGGGGUAUAGAAAAGUGGUGGCACAAGUGGAUUCUAUGGUGAUCAUUCAGUUGGUUAAGGAGGCAAGAAACUGCCAUCCUCACUUCACACUUAUAAAUGAAGUUUGUGGACUCUUAGGUCGUGAUUGGGAAGUCGACCUGCAACAUGUGUUCAGGGAAGGAAAUGUGGUUGCAGACUACCUUGCAUCCUUAGGGCAUGGGCUAUCGCCUGACGAUCACAUCAUCGAACUCCCAUGUUCGCGUUUGAGUCAUUUGCUGUACUUUGAUACGAUUGGGGUUCAGACCCCUCGCAUGGUUACUAUUAAUUAAAGGUUGGGGUGCCCUUAGCGCUCCGUUUUACUACCCAAAAAAAAAAAAAAGACUCCAAAAUGUCCCUUGAAUCCGUAACCGUUGAAUCCUCUAGUGGAUCCAAAAUGGAAGAAGGAGACUAUUGUUACCUGACACGAUUAGCCCAAAAAUAUUCACAACCCAUUAAAGGCCCAGGUUUUGCUCUUCUACUCCCCGGCCCAAUAACAAUUUCCCAUUCGUUGCCCUUAUGGUUUCCUUUUCAAUGAUGUUUUGUAUUUCUUGUGUUUCAUCAUUCAUGUGUCAUGCAAAUUUCAAAACCAACCAACAUGCAUUUCUCUGUCAAUAAUUUUACACUUGAUAUAGCAUGACUAUGUGAGUAUAAAGGUAGUCAUUUGGC